AUGACUUCUGCUGAGAGACCGCUGGCUAACAUGGUCGCUGCGGUAAGUGAAGACAACAUUUCUCUUUCUAUUCUUCCCCCAUCCCUUCCGCCGCCGCCCCACGCAGUCGAGCCCUCAUUGGAACUGAAGCCAAUGAUGCCUGGAGAAGGCCCGCUCAAGCUGCCACCCACAUCCUUCUCCAAUCACUCGACUCAACGCUUGCAACUGCCCGACCUUAAAGAUGAAUCCUGGCAAGACGGACAAUCUUUCCACUUACCCCCGCUCACAAACUCAUCAUCACCGCCACCGCUGCAUCGCGAUGCCCACAAGGGCCACGGCCAACGCUCAUAUGCGCCUUGCAACACAUAUCUGACAGGCUCCCAGAAUCACCACAUGCGCAGUUCGCCGCCACUUCAGCCAGGAGAACAAAACUUUCCUGGCAAGCUCCCUUCUUUCUCUGAGUUUCUCCACACAACACGAACAAGCACUCCGCCACGGACGCCGCAGCGCCGCAAUGAGUCGGUCGACAGCUCGCCUCACGUUCAACCGCACUUUGACGAUGUAGCAUGGAACGAAACCAAACGCAGACGUGUAGACACGCUCUGUGACAUCUGGGCGGCUCGCCCUCUUGAGCAGCCCGUAGUCGAAUCUCGUCGUAUGAGCAGCGCCAUCGAUCCUGCUCUUGGUGGCUACUCUCCCCGCGUCGCUCAACAACAUGCACUGCCGCCCGCGGCAUCCAGUAUGCAUCACCGUCCCAGUCUCUCUUACCCACCGCCACAUCAGCCACUCAAUCCCCAUAUGCGCCAUGGAUCCUCGCCUGGCCCCCCAGCCAUGAGCUUUUCCCAGCCCUAUGUCCAACAAUCCGUCUCUCAACCACCAAUGCCUCCACAUGGAGUCAUGUAUGAACACCGACACAGCUACUACCAAGAGCCCCAACCACCCAUGUACGGCAGCUACGAGCGACCCCAAGAGGGCUACUAUGCCCGCGCUAGCUAUGGUGGUUACGACUCUUCCUACGGCGGAGAUAUCCGCUUCCAGCAGCAUGUCGGCCCCGAUCAUGCAUUCAAUAGGAAGCGACGUGGCAACCUACCCAAGGAGGCGACCAACAUGCUCAAGGAGUGGUUCCAGCAAAACCGGCAAUCUCCUUACCCCACCGAGGACCAGAAGAUGGAGCUCUGCAACCGUACGGGAUUGAGUCUGAACCAGGUGUCCAACUGGUUCAUCAACGCACGCCGUCGUGCCCCACAAAAGGAACAGCGCGAGCGCGAGGCUAAUGGGCCUGAGGCAUGA